AUGGAUGCGUUAACAAACAUACUCCUCAUUCCACAAUUAUCCGGUGAAGAUGUUGAUGAGAACACAAAGAGAUCCUUAUUAAAGGCUCACAAUUCUGCAUUGGUAGAAUUGGUGAAGAACAUAUCUUGUCCCAUAUGCCAGGACGUUCCAACACAACCUUACAUGUUGCCACUCUGUGGACACAGCUUUUGUUAUUCAUGCAUCAAGUACUGGUUUCAGUGUAAUCCGUCGUGUCCAGUAUGUAGAAUGGCCAUUGGUGAAAAUAAACCUGUGGUGAACCACUCUUUGAAGAGAGUCAUUGAUUUGACUUUGGAAAAAGUCAAGCAUCUGGAAGAAAUGGUUGUUCACGAUCAAGAAGAAAUUGAUAAAAACCUAGACGCAUGGUAUAGGGAGAAAAACGAAGAGUUUGAAAGUGACAAGGCAAGCGAUUUCCCAUGGUUGAAGAAAAUUGCUUCAAAUUGGGGGAGAGCUGUUGUUGACGAUGAGGAUGGUGUCCCCAGAUGUUCUGCAUGCCACUGGGAACUAAUUGAUGGUCAUUGUGAAAACUGUGGCAGACAAAUGGUGGGGUGGCAAUCGAGAACUGAUGGCGAUGAAUUGGAUGAUGACAUUGAUGAAGAUGAUGAGGAUGAAGAUGAAGAUCUCGUGGGUCCCUCGAUGAAUGUCAGAGAAUCUCUGAAUUCAGAAGACGAGGAUUGGAAUGAAUAUGAUAAUGGAUUGAGAGAUAUGAGGGGUUCUGUUGUGCAAAUAGAAGCGGAAGAGAGUGAGGAGGAUGAAACUGAUACACCCAGAAGUCACAGCCAAAAAGAUGAUCCAUAUGCUUUCAAUAGUUAUGAAAGCGAUGACGGAUUUGUUGUUGAUGAUGAUGAUGAUGAGGAGGAGGAUAUUGCUGAUGAAGAGCUUGAUGACAGUGAAGACAACAACGAAUACCUGAAUACUUCAGACGUUGAAAUCGUAGACGAGGGUAUGGUUUCUGGAGAUGAAGAUAUUAUUAGAAGAGGAAGGAGUAAUAGGGGAGCAAUUGACUUCGACUCUCAAUCAGAGGAGAAUGAGUUUGAUGAAAAACUGAUUACGAAGAGAAGAAAACCUGUGGUUUUAAAUUCUGAUGAUUCUGAGCAUGACAGCAUUGAUCUGUCUCAUGACUCGGAUGAUGAUUUCGUGAAAACUUUAAAAGAAGGAAGGAACAAAAAAGUGGAGGACUCAGACAGUACAGAAGAUGGCAACUACGAAGAGGAUGAUUUGAUAGUAGACCUGUCUACUAAAAAACAUAAUCAUAGCAACGAGGGGAAAAAAAGAAAGCAUAACAACAAGAGGAAGCCCAAGCAUAAACAUCACAAACACAAGAAAAGCAAGAAUUCUUGA